CCGGGCCGCGGCCGCGCAGCCGGCGGGGGGGAAGGCGGCGGCAUCGCCCCCGCGGGGCUCCCCCCGCCGCACCCCGCUUUCCCUCAAAGUUCGGGGCGGGAGCGGGGGGGAGAGCGGAGCCAACUUGUCCCGGAUCCCUUUAUUCGCCGCCGGAGCCGCCGUGUCUCCCAACCCCCGCGUGUGUUGCUGAUCGGAGGGACGGAGCUCGGUCCUGUGUCCGCCCCGCUCCUUCCUGCCCGCACCAUGGAGUUCGCCCAGAGGAAGAGGAGCAGGAAAUCCCAAAGCUUUAAACUGGUCAACGAAGAUUACCAUCAUGAGAUAUAUAAGAUCUCUGACUACAGCAAUGAUGUUAAUGGGGAGACCAAAGAAACACAACCAGUUUUUUUAGGAGAUGAAAGCCGGGAAAUUAAAAAACAAAUUACAGGGAUGAGAAGAUUACUGAAUGACAGCACUGGAAGAAUCUAUCAACGGGUUGGCAAAGAAGGAGAAAAACUGAAGGAGGAGCCCCAAGAUUUAGACUUAGCCUGGGCCCAGCGCCUGAAUCCCCCUGCAGAGUCCCAGGCGAGCCUUCAUCCCUCCCAGAGCGGUGCCUGGAAUGAAUUAUCACCCCAAGCCAGCCAUUUUUCAGGGCAGUACGGAACUCGAUCCAAAACGUUCCAAAAUCAGACUCGAACUGUGGCAUCCAAUGGAGAAAUCCCAAUGGUGAAUUCAUCAGUUGGACCAAACUGCUGUACAUGUAAUUGCCAGUCAACCCUGCAAGCGAUUCUUCAAGAGCUCAAGACCAUGCGAAAACUGAUGCAGAUUCAAACAGUUGGGACUCAAAACAGACAGCAGCCUCCUGUUCCUCUGAUCUGUGCACAAAAGUCAACAAUAUCAAGAAAGAGAAAUAAAAAGAGAAAACUGCCCCUCAAAACUAUUGAACCAGUUGCAAUGAGUAAGAAACCCAGCGCUGCAGAGAAUGAAAAGAAGCUUUCAGCAAACUCAGAACGACUGAGUCUGCAAGCGAUUGAACCUGCCCCAAAACCAGAAACCCCCGUUUCAGGAUUUGGAAUUAUCCUUGAAUCGGCUUCAUCAGAUCCAGAAGUGCAACUUGCAGAAGGCUUUGAUGUCUUCAUGCCAAAAUCUCAGCUGGACUCUAUACUAUCAAACUACACUCGCUCAGGAAGUCUGCUCUUUAGGAAGCUGGUCUGUGCAUUUUUUGAUGACAAGACCUUGGCUAACUCUUUACCAAAUGGCAAAAGGAAAAGAGGGCUCAAUGACAACCGGAAAGGACUAGACCAAAAUAUUGUGGGUGCAAUAAAAGUUUUUACAGAAAAAUACUGCACUGCUAACCAUGUGGAUAAACUUCCUGGUCCUAGGGACUGGGUCCAGAUUCUUCAGGAUCAAAUUAAACUGGCAAGAAGACGAUUAAAAAGAGGCUCAGCAGAGGCAACUGACUGUGAUGAGAAGCCGGACAUUUCUCUACUACAAACAGGAAGCGAGUCUGCUCACUGUGAUUUUUCAGCCACUGCCCUUGGUGACAAUAUUCACCUGUUUUUAAAAAAAAAAAGGUCACCUUUCGACUGGCACUGUGUUGAUAUCUCAGCAGCUGAGUGAAUCGAUCAAGAAAUUGCACUACCCUCUUAGACGUGGAAAGGGUCGGUCCUUUCAGGUCAGGGCUGAGGUAAAACUGUACACAGCCCUCCAUGCGAACCUUCACUUCUGCACCUUUCAUCAGCACUAAAUUCACUUUAAAAAUGUUGGGAAAAAAAUCUAGACGGUCUUGCCUGCAACACCUGUCAAUCACCAGGUAGUUUGAGCAUGUUUGCUGGAAUUCGAGGGACAGCGUGCUAGAGCCUUUACCAUUGUGUUUCCUUUCCCUGUGUGUAUCUUAGGUAUAUUUGUUUUUUUUGGAAACUAUUUGGCCUUUUGAGUGUCUCAACAGAAGUGCUAUUACAAAGUGGGAUGGUUUUCAAAAUACUUAAUCUUUUUUUUUUAACAACCCUAAAGCUCGUUUCUCGGAUGUCAUAGAAUACCCACAAAUAACACUGAAGCCAACGGGAACGGUUUGUUCUCUUGGCACCUGAGAAACCAGGCUCCCAGCCCUUCCCCACCCACCUUCCAUGGACUUUUAGGAAUGACCAUAUUCUCUCUGAAACUGUGGAAUAGAUUGAAUGUGCACUGCAAACCUUAAAUUUUGAGUCUUUCCUUCCUUCGUGGCUUGGAAUUGCCUGCAUUGGGCAGGGGGCUCCAGUCCAUCGUGUCCGUAUCGUAACCCUUCAGCAAGGAAAUCAGCAUUUUGUAAAUUUGGAAGAUUGCAUUUGUGUUUACUUACUGUGACUACUGUUCAGACUUUCUUCAGAAAUCUUUUUAUAGGGUUUAUUAGAGAGAAGAAAAAAAAAUCAUUCCAUAUUUAGGUAAAAAUGUCUCAAUCUUCUGUAUAUAUGUUUUAUUAAUAUGUAAAUAUUUAGAUAUUUUUAAAUUACUAUGUUCUUAAUAAAGCGACAAGGGACUAGUUGUGAAAUGGUGUAUAACAUUGUGUUGUGUUGCCGAUCUCUGGGAAAUCCUCUUUGUCAGUUCAGAAAAGAAAACCUACAAUAAAUAACUUUAAUUCCAUGUG